UAUACCCCUACCCUACUCACCCACCCCACCUCCUCACAACAAACUCUGCUAUGCUUACAUGCAUAGGAGUAUAAAUAGCAUCCAACUGUCUCCUUCAAAUUUCCUACUCCAAUUUCAGAAAAAAUGGGGCUUCUAUUCACACUCCUUUUCCUCUCCCCUCUCUUCCUCCUCUCCCCUGCCUCCGCCGCCGAGCUCAACACCACCCGCCGCGCCCUUGCCGGCGCCGCCAAUUGCAACAUUUUCCGCGGUAAAUGGGUGUACGACGCCUCCUACCCGCUCUACGACUUCUCCACCUGCCCCUUCAUCGACGACCAGUUCAAUUGCCUCAAAUACCGCCGUCCCGAUCGGAAUUACCUCAAGUACCGGUGGCAGCCUUUCUCCUGCAACCUAGCUAGGUUUAAUGGUUUGAAUUUUUUGGAGAGAAUGAGGGGGAAGAAGAUCAUGUUUGUUGGUGACUCGCUGAGUCUGAACAUGUGGGAAUCGCUGAGUUGUAUGAUUCACGCGGGAGUGCCGAAGGCGAGAACCUCAAUCGUUCGAACUGAGGGACUGAGUCAACUCACUUUCCUGGAUUAUGGGGUGAAAUUGCUAUUGUAUCACACUCUAUACCUAGUUGACAUGGAGACCCAAAAAGCGGGCCGGGUUUUGAAGCUGGAUUCGAUCCGGAGCGGGAAUGCAUGGCUAGGAAUGGACGUCCUGAUCUUCAACACGUGGCAUUGGUGGACUCACACCGGAGGUUCUCAGCCAUUUGAUUACAUAGAAGAAGGCGGGAAAAUGUACAAAGACACGAACCGACUUGUGGCAUAUUACAAAGGGUUAACUACUUGGUCAAGAUGGGUCAAUCGAAAUAUCGAUCCUUCCAAAACUAAAGUCUUCUUUCAAGGAGUCUCUCCCAUGCAUUACGAGGGAAGGGAAUGGAACGAGCCAACUAGAUCAUGUAAAAGCGAAACACAACCAUAUUUCGGGUUGAGGUAUCCAGCAAGCACACCUCAAGCAGCACUUGUGGUGAACAAAGUGUUGAGCAGAAUCAAGAAACCUGUGUAUUUGCUUGACAUCACAUUGCUCUCCCAAUACCGAAAAGACGCACACCCUACCUUCUAUAGCACCCACAGCGGCUUGGACUGCAGCCACUGGUGCCUCCCGGGUCUUCCCGACACGUGGAACCAGCUGCUCUACACGGCGCUCGUUGGCUGAGGACUGGAUUCUCCAUUUCCCGGACGAGUCUCAUUUAUUCCAUUGGUUCGUAUUUAUGUGUUUAUAGGACGGGACGGGAUAGAAAAUAGACGGUCUCGUGUGUGUAGGGAGGAGGGAGGGUUUGUUGAUAGAGAGGAGAGGAAAUUCAUUUUCUUUCUUUCUAGUUUCAUAUUUGUUGUGAAAGUGUUAUUAAUAAGAAUGGUGUGUUGGUGGUUCAAAUGUAAACUAGCUCAUUGUUUUGGCAAUUGAACAUCUAAAUAGUGCCUCAUAUUGGUGAAAUGGAAGAAGAUUACAAGUUAUGUACCA